ACAAGACCCGUUUUUUUGCACGCCAGCGCUUAUCUCGUCCUGAUGGUGGAGGGGGCGGGGUUUUUUUGGCGUUUCCUCAUCGCCAAUAUCUCCCACUGCUGGACAAAAAAAUCCGGGAGCGCACAAUACAAAAAAUAAAGUCGCGGUAUCGUAAUUUCACUUUUCUGCUAAUUGUUCUUCAAUCCCAAGAGGUCAAAUUUGUAUUUCGUUUUCUUAUUUUCUUUUUUGGACGCAAAAUCUCUACUCUACAUUUAUUUUUUUACACACUUUACAGGCUAUUUUCCCCAACCCAAAAUGAGUAUCUUUGACCUUAUCAACCCUUUCAACUACAUUAGCCCGAUUCACGCCGAGGCGGAGGUAGAGACUGCUGUCAUUGAGGCCAGCAAGGCCGCAGAGGAGCCCGUCGAGGUCGUUGAGGAGGAGAUUGAGGAGGUUGAGGUUGAGGAAGAGGAGGAAGAGGAAGAGGCUGAGGAUCAGGCCCCCGCCAUCAAGGAGGCUUGCGGUGAGACCAUUGCGUGCAAGUCGCUGAAGCACCAUCUGGAGGAGUGCGCCGCGCGGGUUGAGGAGGGCUCGUCGGAGAGCUGUGCCGAGGAGCUGCUCCACUUCUUGCACUGUGUCGACCAAUGCGCUGUCCCUAAGAUCUUUGCGACGCUCAAGUAAGAUGUCUUUUCUAUUUUCCGACCGGCCAGCCAGCCAGCCAGUCAGUUGGUUGGCCAGCCGGCCGAGACGUUCCUUCUUACAUUAUAUCCUUUGCUUUUUUAUACAACUCUCGUCCAAAUAAACACAAAAUUAUAUCUUA